UGUUGGCUCAGGGCUCUAAUCAUAACAAAAAUAACUUUUACAAUCUGUGAUUAAUUCUACGUUAAAAUAAAAGCCAAAAAAAACUCCCAUUUUCUAAAAAUAUAUAUAAAUAUGGGAGCUCCCGAAUUACCAAACGAUCCUGGAGAAGAGGAUUUACGUACCACACAUAUUGUACACCAUCCUCCCGCACCCAGUGACGAUAGUGAUGAUAAUGAAUCUCUACAAGAUGCAGGCGCCUAUGAAGGUUAUCAACCCUUGUCAAUGGAUGAGAAUAAUAUUGAUUAUGGUCAUAUGCGCUUAAAUGCUCAUGAUGAUGACGACGAUGUUAAUGAUGCUCAUCAUAAUAGAGAAGGUUUUACUAGAAUACAGGAGAACAGGAACUUGGAUGAAGAUGAGCCGUUGGAAGUGGUGCAUGGUGAUCCCAAUAUGCCUCAAAUAGAAACUGCCGAUGCGGAAAUCGAAAGAGCAAUUUGGAGUCAACCAAGACCACAGGAGUUACAGAUUGAAUUGGAUGGCAAUAAAACGCAGCAGAUUUUAAAUGCUAUGGCCAAUUUUCAAUUACCCAAUUUAGCCGUGCCUGAAUGGGCAGCCGGUGUACCCGAAGAACGCUGGAAGGAGGAGCUACUACAACGGAUACGGCAAAGAAAACCAUCUGACGACAGCUCCAAAAUGGAAGUGAACAAUGAAUCUAAGUAGAUAACAUUCCCCAAAAGUGGAUCUAAUACAUAUUUAUAAUAAAUAAAUACAUAUAUAAAGUAGUUAUUAUAUCAUAGAUUUAAAACCCAUCUUGCUAUUAUUAAAAUUAUUAUAUUAAACUGAUAUAUAAACCCCAUAUUAACAAAAUAUUGAAGACGAAAAUGAACACAAAAUUAGAAAACUGCAA